GCCAUGCCGAACAAGUCCAAUAUUCAUUAUUUUAUGGAUAAUGAUAAAGAAGCUGAUUCAGAGAUAAGUUACUUCAUGAGCUUUCAUUUUAACUUUCUCCCUUUCAGGUAUGAAGACUCAUUCAUCCUUGAGCCAUAUAGCCCGCAUCGAUUUAGCCGUCAGUUUAGAUUUUAUCAAAGCCUCCCAUGUAGCUUAGCAAAUGAUAUUCGCAGUGCAUCACUUGAUAAAGGGCUCAGAUUUUAUCACAUCCGUGUGUUGCAUGGAUCCAUAGCAAAGGCUACUUUUCCUAUGGCCAUACCUAAUGCGCGAAAGCAUUCCUCUACUUCGUAUAAAUCUUGGUGGGACAAAGUUCAUGGGAACUUUCUUGAAGCUAACUUGCAAUCUUUGGUGAAUGUUGUAGGUUCUAUUAUUGACACUCCUCAAGAACAUGGCAAGGAGGUCCCAAUAGUGGCUAAGCCUCUAGUUUUGACAGCUAAGGUAGUCAUUCCGUAUAUAGUCAAGGGACCUCUACCUGCAGAAACUCAGAAAGAGGAACCGCCUGCCCUGACUCAAUCGACUUUCAAUAAACAACCAUACCAAGAUGAGAGUAAUAGUAGUCAUGGAAAUCGUUGUUGGAAGAAGGUAAAACCAUCCUUGGCGAAUCAAGACAAUUCUAACUCCCAUGUGGAGAUUCUUGCUAGUUCAUCAAAAACUCCAUCAGCCAUCGAUAAGCCAAACGAUGUUCAAAUUCUGGAAGAUCCUCACCAAAGUAAGCCGCAAGAUAGCAGCAAGUCUGUAGCAGGUCCAAACUCAAGAAAGUUACUUUUGUCAUCCAAAGAGGUCAUCUCUAACCCUUGCGGCCUUACUCCGAGUCGUGCUUCCUCUAUUCAAGAUGACGUCGAAGUUAUACUCAAUGACAUGAGUGGAAUGGGGGCAAAUAUUUUCCCUUUGCAGAAUUUAUUGGGGUCUUUCUUUAGGCUGGCGACUUCUUAUGACCAAGAACAAUCCAUCAUUGUUGAUCAAACCACGAUAAUUAAAGAUUCAGAGUCAUAUUUAAAAGCCAAAGAACAUCUUGAGCUUGUAUUAAGGGAGAGAGAUGAGGAAUCUGAAGAAGUUUUUGCCGUCUGCAAAUCUCUUGAGAAGACGAGAAAGAAGGUGAAGAGGUUGAAAGCUCGACGAGAUGCUGCCAAGCAAGAAGCUGCAGAGAUGGAAUCCAAAGUUUCAACUGCUGAAGAAGAUUUUUCCAAGUGUUCUGAUGUCUCCCUCGCAACGGCAAAUGCCUCAAAGGUCAUAGAGAAGAAAAAGCAAGUCUUAGAGGCUGCUUUACAAGAUUUAGUUAAUUAUAAGCUCUACUUAGAUUAGCCUUAAGAGGUGCCUUUCUUCAAACCUUUUUGUUGCUUUCUUUUACCCUUUUUUAUUGAGUAGUCGAAUCUAUCAGUUAUAAUGGAAACCCUUUUUCUUUA